AUAGCACACCUUCAGAUGGAGAUGAAGUAGCAACGGCAGUCGAGCAAUAGUGAGACAACAGCGUCUGAACUGCGGAUCGAGAGCUUUUCUUCAGGGGGGGACAGACAGGUGACAUAGCAGACCGAGCCGCUUCAACGUCCAUCGUUGGAAAUUACUGCUAAUUCACCCCCCUACACACCCCAGGUUGUCACAAUAGAUGGUACUCAGCUGCAUGCAUUUCGACCUGAUCAUCUAAGCCCACUCCACGAAAAUGGAAAAUGCGCAUACUAAAUCGGCGACUGAAGUUUUAGACAACUUCAGUGUGAACGAAAACACCGGCCUGACUCUGGAGCAGGUCAAAGUCGGUUUGGAGAAAUAUGGGCCGAACGAGCUCCCAGCUGAAGAAGGAAAGUCCCUGUGGGAGCUGGUGGUGGAGCAGUUUGAAGACCUCCUGGUCAGGAUCCUGCUGUUAGCUGCCUGCGUCUCCUUUGUGUUGGCUCUGUUUGAAGAAGGAGAGGAGACAACCACUGCCUUUGUAGAGCCUGUUGUCAUUCUUCUUAUCCUCAUCGCCAAUGCUGUUAUUGGGGUCUGGCAGGAGCGAAAUGCAGAGAACGCAAUCGAGGCUCUAAAAGAGUACGAACCAGAGAUGGGAAAGGUGUAUCGCAUGAACCGCAAGGCUGUCCAAAGGAUCAAAGCCAGAGAUAUCGUCCCAGGAGACAUAGUGGAGGUGGCAGUUGGUGACAAGGUGCCUGCUGACAUCAGAGUGACCUCAAUAAAGUCCACCACCCUGCGGGUAGACCAGUCCAUCCUCACAGGGGAGUCUGUCUCUGUCAUCAAACAUACUGACCCUGUUCCUGACCCCAGAGCUGUAAACCAGGACAAAAAGAACAUGCUGUUUUCUGGCACAAACAUUGCUGCAGGUCGUGCCAUAGGCGUCGUAGUUGCUACGGGUGUCACCACAGAGAUCGGUAAGAUCCGUAAUCAGAUGGCAGCCACAGAGCAAGAGAAGACACCGCUGCAGCAGAAGCUGGAUGAGUUCGGACAGCAGCUCUCAAAGGUCAUCUCUCUAAUUUGUGUGGCUGUGUGGGUCAUCAACAUUGGCCACUUUGGAGACCCUGUCCAUGGUGGUUCCUGGGUCCGAGGGGCGAUCUAUUAUUUUAAAAUCGCUGUGGCCCUGGCUGUGGCUGCCAUCCCUGAGGGCUUGCCUGCUGUCAUCACCACCUGCUUGGCCCUUGGCACACGUCGCAUGGCCAAGAAGAAUGCAAUUGUUCGCAGCCUGCCCUCUGUGGAGACCCUGGGCUGUACCUCUGUUAUCUGCUCUGACAAAACAGGCACCCUCACAACCAACCAGAUGUCCGUCUGCAGAAUGUUCAUUGCGGACAAGGUGGAUGAUUCAAGUUGCACCCUGCAUGAGUUCUCUAUAACUGGUUCUACAUAUGCCCCUGAGGGACAAAUACUUGCAGGAAACAGGCCUGUCCAGUGUGGAGACUAUGAUGGACUUUUGGAGUUGGCUACAGUAUGCUCUAUGUGCAAUGACUCUUCACUGGACUACAAUGAGACCAAAGGGGUAUAUGAGAAGGUGGGUGAGGCCACAGAAACAGCUCUCACUACCUUGGUGGAGAAGAUGAACGUCUUCAAGACUGACCUGUCUGGACUCACCAAAGUGGAACGUGCUGGGGCCUGCAACUCAGUGAUCAGGCAGUUGAUGAAGAAGGAGUUCACCCUGGAGUUCUCUCGUGACCGCAAGUCCAUGUCUGUGUACUGCACCCCUGUCAAACCAGGCUCCCAGAGCAAAAUGUUCAUUAAGGGUGCUCCAGAGAGUGUAAUUGAGCGAUGUCAGUACCUGCGGGUUGGAACAGGAAAGGUGACAUUGACACCAGCUGUGCGCGACCAGCUGAUGUCUAAGAUCAGGGACUGGGGGACAGGAAGGGACACGCUGCGCUGCCUGGCACUGGCCACACAUGACAACCCGCCACGCAAAGAAGACAUGGACUUAGAGAAUUCCAGCAAAUUUGCAGAGUAUGAGUUGGGGCUCACAUUUGUUGGCUGUGUGGGCAUGCUCGACCCGCCCAGGAAGGAGGUGAUUGGUUCAGUGAAACUGUGCAACGAGGCAGGUAUCCGCGUUAUCAUGAUCACAGGAGACAACAAGGGCACAGCUGUGGCUAUCUGCAGACGAAUUGGCAUCUUUGGUGAGGAUGAAGACGUGACUGGAAAGGCCUACACGGGCCGCGAGUUUGAUGAUCUCCCAUCAGAGGCACAGAGGGAAGCUGUCAAACGUGCGCGAUGCUUCGCCCGUGUCGAGCCAGCUCACAAGUCCAAAAUUGUUGGGUACUUGCAGUCAUUCGAUGAGAUCACUGCAAUGACAGGAGAUGGUGUGAACGACGCCCCGGCCCUGAAGAAAGCAGAGAUCGGCAUUGCCAUGGGUUCUGGUACAGCAGUGGCCAAGUCAGCCUCUGAGAUGGUGCUGUCUGACGAUAACUUCUCCACUAUUGUGGCUGCUGUGGAGGAAGGCAGAGCCAUCUACAACAACAUGAAGCAGUUCAUUAGAUAUCUUAUCUCUUCCAAUGUGGGAGAAGUUGUCUGCAUCUUCCUGACCGCCAUCCUGGGUCUCCCUGAGGCUUUGAUUCCAGUACAACUGCUGUGGGUAAAUCUGGUGACUGAUGGGCUGCCUGCCACAGCCCUGGGCUUUAACCCCCCAGACCUGGAUAUCAUGGACAAGCCUCCCCGCAACCCCAAGGAGCCUCUCAUCUCUGGCUGGCUCUUCUUCAGAUACCUGGCCAUUGGAGGAUAUGUGGGCCUGGGAACAGUCAGUGCAGCUACUUGGUGGUAUCUGUUUGAUGAAGAGGGUCCACAAGUGUCUUUCUAUCAGCUGCGACACUUCAUGCAGUGUACUGAGGAGAACCCCAUGUUCCAGGAAAUCGAUUGUGAGGUCUUUGAAUCCCGCUACCCCACAACCAUGGCACUGUCUGUGCUGGUCACUAUCGAAAUGUUCAACGCACUCAACAGUUUGUCAGAGAACCAGUCCCUGGUCAGGAUGCCUCCCUGGGUCAACAUUUGGCUGCUGGGAGCCAUCAUUCUCUCUCUCUCCCUCCACUUUCUCAUCCUCUAUGUUGAGCCACUGCCGCUGAUCUUCCAGGUGACCCCUUUGCGCUGGUCCCAGUGGAUCGUGGUCCUGAAGAUUUCCAUUCCAGUCAUCCUUCUGGAUGAGGCACUAAAAUAUGUCUCCAGGAACCAUCUAGAAGCCUAAAUUCAUUUUGUCUCACCUUCCGUCAAAAGGUGAUGAGGAGAAGAAAUAUUGCAGGAGAUGGCAGCUGAACUAAGACCUCUCCCUCAACAAACUCACACAGUAGACACACACAGCUACCCUCUUCCCUUUAUGACCUAGGAACCUUUCUCUCCUCUGCCCUCAGUCCCCACUCCUGCAUGUCCGACCAACCACCACUAGAAAUGAGCAGGCCUUGCAUGAGAAUGAGUGUGGAAGAAAGAGUGUGUUCUUGCGAGCAUGGCUUUGUGCAAGUGUGUGAGUAGAUGAGCUCUGAGUGUGUGGGUCUGAGAGAAACCUGGCAAACAUGUCUUAAUACUUGCGAGAGCGAGAAACAACUGCAGAAAAAAAGAAAACUGCCCAUGGCUCUGCUUUUUAAAGAUUUUUGCUUAUUGAAUUUUUUUUGUACAGUACAAACGUAGUGGUGUGCAACUGGACUUUGGGGAGGGAAGGAGAGGGAGGACAGGGGACAUUGAUAAUACUGGGUGGGGGGAGGGUUUUAAGUCAGCACAGAGACCGAAAGAGAGACUGAGAGAUGAAGCCUGUCAUGGAGAAGAGAAUGGUGGACACACUGAUGAAAGAUGAGCAUCAGCAAGAAUGUGGAAGGUGAAAACAGCCAGCCCUGGAGGCAGCGUGAGUGUGGGAGAGCCACCGUAUCCGUGUGUGUCCACAAAAGCAUUAUCUCAAGGUGCUGCCCAGGCAUGUGCCGCCCACACUACUGGCAGUGAAUCCCAGCCUUGUCAGCACAGCACAAUAUAUGUAUCUCUGGACAGUUUGUUACAGCGUUGCUCCUUCAUCGCUCUUUGUCUUCACUUUCACCACAAACUCCUGUUGUUUUAUGCAGAAUUACUCUUCUUCUGCCUUCCUCCUUCUCUCCGUCUCUCUUUCUUGCUCUCUGUUUGAGGAGGCAGCUGUGGGCCUGGGGACCGUGACGCUGUCGGGCUCUUGAGUUUGGGGUGUGGAGAUGUUGCUCCGCCUGAAGGUGUGAAUAGCUUUACGCUGCUUAGCCGCUUCCUUCGGCUCUUAAUUCGAGGAGCUGAGGUCAGCUGACACACUUGGCAGAAGUAAAAUUUAAAAAACAGAAAGAAAAAUGUCAAACAGCAACCAAACCAGCAUAUCAGUAGAGUAGUUGUCAGCCAGCCCAUCUAGCUGGCCUUGUUUAGCCUCAAUGUAAUGUCCAUCUGCUGUGCUGGCACUGGAGGUUUAACUUUGAAAGAUCUCAGAAAAUCAUUUCAUGUGUAAAUUUAAGGUAGAUCUGAACAAUAACAUGAUGCUCAGUGACACAACGUCUUGGAGCAUUGUGCUGUUUUUCUUCCUUAGAUUCAUUCAGUUGUUUCUGACCCUGAACCAGCGCUAAAAUGUCUGUGCAUAUAGCCUUACUUGAAUAAAUUAGUCGAUUUUGACGUGAUAGGCUUUUCGGUCUUUGAAUUGCACAGAUGAUGUAGUUAAAGUAAGUUAAGGAAGUAAAUGGCUUGAUUGUCUCACUUUGAUCAUGAAUCAUUUAUAUAUUAAGCACAUGAAACAUCCAUGCCUUAUACAGCCCACUGCACCUCCACAUUGAAGAUGUGGUCCAAAUGAAUGUGUUUCUGUAAACCUUUAAUGAGCUCUGUACCCAACAACACCUAUUUCACUCAUACAUACCCCAACAGUGACUCAUACUGAUCAUAUGAAUGUCAACUUGGUCCGAGACAUGGUUAAUAGGAAACUCCCUUUUUUGUUGUUGUGCUUUGUGCACUGCUCCCUCUGCUCCUCCUGCUCUCUCAGUGCUUUAGCGAUUCACAUGGCUGUUGUUUUUUAAUUACUAAAUAAUAAUGUAUUUGACUGAAUGAACCCACUGGGUUUGGAUUGUGUCUUUUUAAAUCUCAAGUAUGGUUUAGUGUAGGGCCCUGGUGCUCUGUGGACUGGGUCAGAGGUGUUUUUGGUCUCUUGUUGCGUCCACAUAUUGUAUUGUAGACGAGUGUGCACAUUGAUAAAUAUAGGUCACAACCAGGUAUCUGCACACUGUGUCUGUUGUAGUCGGAGAUAUUCAAACUAAAUACGACAUGUAAUGGCUGCAGCCUUUGCUUUAUGAUAAUAUGAUUUUUUGCAGUUUUCUGAUCAUUUUUUGGACAAGGAGAACAUAAUCAUACUGUUUUCUGACAACAACAAUAACCGUUAGUUGCAGCCUGACUUCAAGGCAACUGUUCAAAUGAAAUUUGAAACUUGAAUUACUGACACAGUGUGCAGAUCUUUAUUCUUUUCCCUCCCUUUUCUGGAUAUCUGAUCUGAUUUCAACAAGCAGGACUCAUUUUCACUUGGAGCAUGUUUAGAAUCUGAAGGAAAAUCCAUCCUUUAACACAGUAGCGACCAAUCUGCUGUUGCUUACUGUUCUGUAUGCAUUUGUACUCACCUAUUUUGCUGCUGCUUGGUGAUGUUUUAGUCCUACUCCAGGGGAUAAUCGGCUUCUGUGGCAUGAGAUCAUGGAGUGUAGAUGCCUCCACUUUCAAAUACUCUGAAGUCAUUCUUGGAACAUUAGAAAAUCUGCUUAAUAAGUAAAAGUAGAUGAAACAAAGUGAGGAAAAGUACACUAUAAAGUUCAUUACCAGAUAUGUUAACAUUUUGAUUUGAGGGUGAACUCUUCCUUUAAUAUUAGACUAGACGUUGGAGUAAAUAAUGAUGAUUUUGAUGAUACUUGACAUAAAAGAGCCUUUAUUUUCAGCGAUUUCUUCAGUAAGUUUUGUCACCACCAUGAGAAUAUGGCACCUCUGUUCAGGCCAGCAGACCUCUUGUCCUUGUCCCAGGUCUCCAUGGCUCUGUAACAAUGCUGGCCCUCUGGCCUCCAGGCAUUAUGGGUCUGUAUAGCCUUGUAAUUUACUACUGAAUCCUUAACUCUGUACAGAUGACAAGAAUAUGAUCGCAUGGAACCUUGUUACUGUAAUAAUAACCUAUACAGUAUAUAAUAUUUAAUUUUUGAUAACUUGCAUCAAUGAAAUCUACUUGCCAACAGACAGACUUGUGAGAAAGCAUUUUUUAUCUUUUCUUUUGAGCACAUGGUAUCUAAGGAUCUCCUCUGUUUUUGUUUGUUUGUUUUGUAGAAUAGAAAGGUUGUUUCUUCAUUGUUCCCAUUUGGUUUUUACAGUUGCUGGGGUUUUGUGUCUUUUAAUGUAGGGAAAAGAAUAUGACGUUUUCAUGUAUAAGAUAGACAAGAAUAAUGCUUAUGCUAGUUAAUGGCGAUGACACGGAUCGUUUCAGCGAUAGCUAUCUGGUGUGAGAACGUUCAAGAAUUUUGAAGAACUGUGUCUGGUUUACACUGAGUGAUAUGCAGUGAUGAAUCCUGGGUUAUGAAGUUUUAUGACUGUAUAUUGAAGGGCUUGGUGGGAUGCAGGCUCUAGAGACUCCUGACAAUCCUUUUGGGUCUGGCAUUUGGGAAGUUGCACAGCUCUUCAGCAUGGUACUCACAGUCCUCCCCAAUCCUUAAAACAAUUAACUCCCUUACUACAGGGAAGGAGCCUUCAGGGUCUGUAACAUUUGACCAACGCUUCCUUUUCUCUGUCUACAAAUGAACAGUCUCUAGAGCCUGAGUUCCACCUCUGAGAAAUUAAAAGGAUUCUCUGUGUUGCCUUGUUAAUAUUAAUUGUGGACACAUAAUUUUAUAAAUGACAAAGACGUGGAAAUAAAGAUUAUUUAUCUUGUUAUUUA